UAUCGCGAUACUUUCCGCCGUCCGGGAGCUCCGUCCUGCUGACAGCAGCGGCCGCUGGACAGCCGCCUCCAGCCUUUCUCCGGAGAUUAGGAGGGCACAGAGUGUAAUUAACGGCCGAAGAGGGGAUAGAGAGCGGUUUCUCCAGCCCUGAGCCUUUCUGUACCUCCUCAAAAUGUCGGCGCAGGCCCAAAUGCGCGCCAUGCUUGACCAGCUCAUGGGGACCUCUAGGGACGGUUCAAUGUAUCUAUGCCUGCCUACUUCAAUCCGCAAGGGAGUAUCAGAAAGGCCCCGCAUUCGCCGAGCCGUGAUACAACAAGACAGCGGAUCAAGUUUAGUGAUGAAAGAGUGUGCAAAAGCCAUCUGCUCAAUUGCUGCCCCCAUGAUAUACUCUCUGGAACGAGAAUGGAUCUGGGAGAAUGUUUGAAGGUACAUGACUUGGCCUUGAGAGCAGAUUAUGAGAUUGCAUCUAAACAACAAGAUUUCUUCUUUGAGCUUGAUGCAAUGGACCACUUGAAGUCAUUCAUUGCAGACUGUGACAGGCGAACCGACAUUGCAAAAAAAAGACUGGCUGAUACGCAGGAGGAAAUAAGUGCAGAAGUAGCUGCCAAAGCAGAGAGAGUGCACGAACUAAAUGAAGAGAUUGGAAAACUGCUAGCAAAAGCUGAGCAGUUAGGGGCAGAAGGAAAUGUCGAAGAGUCACAGAAAGUUAUGGAUGAAGUCGAAAAGACUAGAAUUCGGAAACGAGAAGCUGAGGAAAUCUAUCGCAGUUCUAUGCCAGCCUCAAGCUUUCAGCAGCAAAAGCUGAGAGUAUGUGAAGUAUGUUCUGCCUAUCUGGGACUGCAUGAUAACGACAGAAGAUUGGCUGACCACUUUGGUGGCAAGUUGCACUUGGGCUUCAUUGAAAUACGUGAGAAAUUAGAUGAGUUAAAGAGAAUUGUGGCAGAAAAGCAGGAGAAACGAAAUCAAGAUCGAUUGAAGCGCAGAGAAGAGCGAGAUAGAGAAGAGCGAGACAAAUUAAAAAGAAGAUCUAGAUCCAGGGAGAAACGCAGACAUCGUUCAUCUUCCCGGGACCGCAGGAGAAAAACACGAUCCAGAUCUCGGGAUAGACGUCACCGCCAUAGAUCACGCUCUGACAGUCGCAGUCGUAGUCACAGUCAUCACCGCAGCCGGGAUAGGAGCAAAGAUUGGAGUUCCAAGUCAAAUAAUCUGAUUCCUUCCAGGUCUUCUAGAGAUAAGGAGAGAACCUCAAGAGACAGGGAUCGUUCAAGAGACAGAGAACGAAGGCACAAAAAGCGCAGCUAUGAAACUGCUAAUGGGAAAUCGGAGGAACGUAGUUCUGAAGAACGUGAAGCUGGAGAGAUCUGAGUCUGUCUUCAGCUGGAAACAUAUGGUUUAGUGGACUGCUGUUUUUAAAAGGGACAGUAACAAGGACAGUUGGCUACUUCUGCUAGGAAUAGAUACGAGCUCAGAUCUAUACUUGGUAUAUAUUGGUUUACACCAAAAAGUUAAGUUAUUUUUACUCUGUGGACAACUCAAAAAGUUAGGUUUAAAAUCGUAUUUUAGUCUGUUUUUGUCCUUACAUCUGAGGGUUUUUUUUUUUUUUUUUUUCUUCUGCAUUCAUUUUAGCAAUUUGUACAGACUUUUUAUUUUUCAAUCAAACGGCAGGAUUUUUUUUUUUUUUUUUUUGAGAGGGUGGUUUGACCCAAGACCUUUUUAAGGCUACUUUCACACUUGCGUUAGGAACGGA